AUGGCCCCCUCUACCGAUGAUCCCGUCAUUGCCUCAUAUGAUGUAUUCCUCACUGACUCCGAUAUCUCUCGCUUUGUCUUUCAAUACCUCGACCGAGAUCAACAAUUUCCCUACAGUGACAGGCACAACCAACGCCCUACUCAACUUCGCAUGAAGGCGCGCACAGGAGUUGUUGAGGUCGAUGUACCUAUCAACACCCGUGGGAAUUACGAUGUUAACAAGGGAAUGCGAUACGGUGAGGCAAUUAAGAAGAGCCGCUCAUCUCGUGAUGGAGGCGCUUACGGAAUGUCCGGUGGCUUUACUGCUGGAGGUGCUGGUGCCAACUCUGGCGGCAGGGUGAAAUUAGAGGGCAACAGCGAUGUGGAAAUUCUCGAUAAUAAGCGGGCAAUGGAUUCAGCUUCGUUGAUGCGAACACAAUCACUUGCAGGCCGGAUAAAGCCUGCCGAGGAAGGCGAUCCAAUUUAUAUGCUGGCUACUUUCAAAGAUAAAAACCUGCACCUUUCGCCGGUCUCGUCGGUCGUUCAAUUCCAACCUCAACUUCAUCACCUCGAUGCCUUGGAUGAGAUGCCUAAAGCAAAAGGCCGGAAAAGAGAUGACGAGGAUCGACCCGCUGAAAGCGAGGCCCGCGCAAUCGAUAUCAAGGUCAAGGGAGCCGAAGAUGGAGACACGAAUAAUGUUGGCGGAAAUCUAGACCUUCUAAAGAAGAUGCAGGAAGAGAAAUGGAAAGCAUACGGAUGGAUUGAUGCCGAGACCGAAGACUCAUGGUAUACAUAUGAAAGCUACAUGAUGAACCAGGAACCUGAAACACUUCCAGCCAUGGAGACAAAUAUAAACUCGGAAGACUACCUCGAUAAAAUGAGUGCUCCAAGGAUCGAUCCAGCGCGACCUGACCUCACUGGCUGGGCUAUGAAGGAAAACCGCCGGAGACAACGCGAGGGUGCUUCGGAGAAUGAGAACGACCAGUGA